AAACAACCGGCGGCCACUCUCGACCAAGUCAAACAAACAACAUGGCUACCGCAGUCCAGUCUGCGAUGACCAUGGCGCCAUUCAACGGCCACCCUAACCAAUGUGUCGACCCCAACGAGUUCUUCGACUUUGGACAGAUGCCCUCGCCCACACAACCUGCCACACUCAAGAGAGAACAGAGUACCAUUUCAAACAUCAACAGCCCUACUAGCACAAACAUCGACGACGACCUCCAGACGCCCGCAAAGCCUAGCCACGAGUACGAGCGCUUCAAGCAGCAGACGGGCCUCCCCUCGGGCUCCAUUGCCGGUCUCAGCGCCGGGUACAACCCGGGUUUUGCUGCCUUCUCGUCCACUGGUUUGGAUGAGUACGCCAUGAUGGGUGGCGACUCCACCAUGGACGGCACCUGGGGCAACGGCCUGCCCAUCGACGUUGGUAUGAACAUGGGAAUCGACUACCGCCAGAACAGCUUCGUCUACAGCGAGGCCUCGCAAGACGACUUUGUCGACCCUAGCGCCAUCACCCAGGACACGCACCAGCCAAACUCAAACGUCAGGGUCUGGCCCGGUAUGCAUCAACAGGCUGCCCUCGCCAAGGCAGCAGCCCAGCAACAACAGCAGCGCGUCGCCGCUCAGCAACUAGCCCACCAGAAGCAACAGCAAGCUAUGCAACAACAGCAGCAGCAGCAACAGCAACAACAGCAACAACAGCAGCAGCGCAGCCGACCAGAACGCCUCAUCAUCUAUGCAGGACAAUAA